AUGAACGGUGAAGGUUAUAGCGGACGAGAGAGCGGCCGCUCAAGGGAUUAUUAUGGAAGCCGAUCGGGCAGAGACGACCGUCGGGAUCGUGGUGAUAGACGCGAUAGAGGAGACAGAGGCGACAGAGAGCGGAGACGAUCGAGAUCACCUCACCAUGGCUCCAGAUCAUCACGUCGAGACACCGAAAUGGAUUCAUACUCAUCUAGCCGCGAUUACCGAGCUAGAGAGCGAGAAGACAGGUAUCAAAGUCGACGAGAUGAUAGAGGUGACUGGGACAGAGAUAGGGGAAGUGAUAGGAGGCGUGAGAGGCGUGGUGACGAUGAAGAUAGGUCUCGACGUGACCGGGAUCUCUUUGACGACAAAUCUCGCGGCGGUGGUCGCGGGAGAGAUAGGAAGCGGAGCGCAACACCACCCCCCAAGAAGAGGGAGCCUACUCCUGAUUUGACUGAUGUGGUUCCAAUCUUAGAGCGGAAACGCCGCUUGACUCAGUGGGACAUCAAACCUCCAGGCUAUGAAAAUGUCACUGCUGAACAAGCAAAGCUGUCGGGAAUGUUCCCGCUACCAGGUGCGCCGCGUCAACAGGCUGUUGACCCAAGCCGCCUACAGGCCUUUAUCAACCCACCUACUGCUUCGGGAUCAAGCAACAAUACCCUUCUCAAACCUUCCAAUUCGCGACAGUCAAAGCGACUUUUUGCGCACAACAUUCCACCAUCCGUAACCGAAGAUACCCUUCAACAGUUCUUCAACUUGCAGCUAAAUGGGUUAAACGUCAUCAGUGGUGUUGAUCCAUGCCAGUCAGUGCAGAUCUCUAAGGAUGGGAAAUUCGCGCUACUAGAAUUUAACACUGCGGCUGAUGCGACUGUUGCCCUAGCCUUUGAUGGAAUUACCAUGGAAGAGCAUGAAGCUAAUCAGGAAAGCAACGGAGAAUCUAACGGUCAGGUAAAGGGCUUGUCGAUAGUGAGACCGAAAGAUUAUAUUGUUCCUCUGCCCACGGAAGAGGAGCCGCGUCAAGAGGGCGUUCUAUCGAGCAACGUACCCGACUCACCCAACAAGAUCUGCGUCUCAAAUAUCCCUCCAUUCAUCCAGGAAGACCAAGUUACCAUGCUUCUAAUUUCAUUUGGUGAAUUGAAAUCCUUCGUGCUUGUCAAAGAUGUUGGAACCGACGAGUCUAGAGGAAUCGCCUUCUGUGAAUAUCUUGAUCCAGCAUCAACCGGAAUUGCGGUUGAGGGACUGAAUGGUAUGGAACUUGGAGAUAGAAGACUUAAAGUUAAUCGCGCAAGCAUCGGCACCGUCCAGGCUGCUGGCCUUGAUAUGGGCGUCAAUGCGAUGUCUAUGUUCGCAAAGACCACGUCGCAGGACCUCGAGACUGGAAGAGUGCUUCAAUUGCUAAACAUGGUAACUGCUGACGAAUUAAUCGAUAACGAUGACUAUGAGGAAAUCUGUGAAGAUGUACAGGACGAAUGCUCCAAGUACGGCGUAGUCGAAGAGUUGAAGAUCCCUCGCCCUUCGGGCGGUAGCAGACAGGCUGCCGGCGUAGGAAAGAUAUAUGUCAAAUUCGAUACAGCAGAGUCUGCCACCAAAGCUCUUCAAGCUCUUGCUGGCCGAAAAUUCCAGGACCGCACUGUUGUAACUACCUAUUUCUCGGAGGAAAAUUUUGAAGUUAAUGCCUGGUAG